AUUAAUUAUCCCUCGAAAGAACCAAACAAAGCAUCUAACCAAAAGUCAAAAGGAAAUGAAAAAAUUGGAGUCCCGUUGUUUUUUUCUGCAGAGAGAUGAUUGUUCUCUCUUUACUCGUUAAUCACUCUUAAAACUCAGUCACAAAUUAGCAUCCCUUUCUAAGCAUCAUCAUCCAAUGGCGGUUCCGGUGAUACGGUUCCCGAUUUUCACGGCGGUGAGAGUCAUCGGAGUUGCAGUUGCGCUGCUGCUCUUCAUAUGGACUGUGCACUACAGAGGCGGAAUGGCGCUCGUAUCCGAGGACAAGGCUCUCAUCUUUAACGUUCACCCUGUGUUGAUGGUGAUCAGCCUUGUGCUUCUCAAUGGAGAAGCCAUGCUAGCGUACAAGACUGUAUCGGGAACCAAAAACUUCAAAAAACUGGUUCACCUUUCUCUCCAAUUCCUAGCUUUUGUUCUGAGCGCCAUUGGAAUAUGGGCUGCUUGGAAGUUUCACAUCGAGAAAGGCGUUGACAAUUUCUACAGUCUCCACUCGUGGCUUGGCCUAGCUUGCUUUUUCUUGUUUGCAAUUCAGUGGGGUUCUGGAUUUGUAACCUUUUGGUAUCCUGGAGGAUCGAGAAACAGUCGAAGUAGCUUGUUGCCAUGGCACGUGUACUUUGGCAUUUAUAUCUACUGUCUAGCUGUGGCCACAUGCGCCACUGGUUUUCUCGAGAAGGCCACAUUUAUGCAGAUGCAUCAGAUAAUAACCCGAUAUUCAAAGGAGGCAAUGCUGGUGAACUCGUUGGGCAUGUUAGUUGUGGUUUUGGCUGGUUUCGUGAUUCUUGGGAUCGUCUCGCCCGUUUAUGGAAAGGGGGAUAUUCCUCUCGGUACAAUAGAAUAAUCGGGACUGCAGACAGAAACACAAUGAACAAUUGUGGUUUUGAUAGGGUUAGACCACAUUUACAGAGAGUAAAUUAAGAAUCAACAGAGCAUUUAGGUGCUCCCUUCUUGAUUUGCUAAUGAGGAACUUUUUUCUUUCUUUUUAUUGGUUACACAUAUGUCAAAUCUGAACCACUUUCAUGAAAUACAUCAACACUCAACGAUUUGCUAGACCUUUAUUUUUUUCCAUUGAGAUCUUUUUAAGGUAGAGCGAUUUCCAAUUUCAUGCACAUUGAGAUCUGAACCAGAAUAAUAAUAUUUCAAACAUUGUUCUUGAUUGUUUAUGUACCUAUUGAAACAGAAGCCUACUUAGUGUCAUUCAUAUUUUAAUACAAUCAAUUUAUCAACU